GUGACGUAUCCUUGAAUCCCUAUCCUCCUCCCUACACCGACACAAUGGCGAACCCCCGCGUUGAAGAGCUUCCCGACGAGGAGGUCAAGAAGACCCAGAUUGAGGAGGUCGAGGAUGACGAGAGCUCUGAUGAGGAGGUCGAGGGCGAGAUUCCUUCCGGCAGCUCCACCACUCUCGUUCAGUCUCGCAACGAGAAGAAGGCCCGCAAGCUCCUCGAGAAGCUGCACCUGACCAAGAUUGAGGGCAUCACCCGUGUCACUCUCCGUCGCCCCAAGAACAUCCUGUUCGUCAUCAACAGCCCCGAGGUCUACAAGUCCCCCAACAGCAACACCUACAUUGUCUUUGGUGAGGCUAAGAUCGAGGACCUCAACGCCUCCGCCCAGCAGGCCGCUGCCCAGCAGCUCGCCGCCGCCGGCGGUGCCGACCACGACCACGCCGGCCACAGCCACGGCGAGUCCAGCAAGGCCACCGCUGCCGAGGGCAAGAAGGACGAGGAGGAGGAGGAGGAUGACGAGGAGGAGGUCGACGCGACCGGCAUUGAGGACAAGGACAUCGAGCUGGUCAUGACCCAGGCUAGCGUGAGCCGGAACAAGGCCAUCAAGGCCCUGAAGGAAAACGACAACGAUAUCGUCAACUCCAUCAUGGCGCUGAGUAUCUAACGGACGCUGCCAUGGGGUGGAGGAGAAAUGAUUGUUGAAGGCUUUUGUUCUCAUGAUGCAUGAGCGUAACAGAGAGGACGAAUGGGUAGGACAUAGACCAUGCCUAGGGAGUCUGACGACAACCAAAAUUCAUUCAUCUGG